UGCGCGAGUUACUGAAAGACUGAGAUUGAAUUAUUCUUUUCUGCAGUUCCACCCGACAUCGUCUUCAAUAUGCAGAUUUUCGUAAAAACACUCACUGGAAAGACGAUCACUUUAGAGGUUGAGGCUUCAGAUACAAUAGAAAAUGUUAAAGCUAAGAUCCAAGACAAGGAAGGUAUUCCGCCAGAUCAGCAAAGAUUAAUCUUUGCUGGUAAACAGCUAGAAGAUGGUAGAACCCUUUCAGAUUAUAAUAUCCAGAAAGAAUCUACUUUACAUUUGGUAUUACGUCUAAGAGGUGGAGCUAAGAAACGCAAGAAGAAGAAUUACUCCACUCCUAAAAAAAUCAAGCAUAAGAAAAAGAAGGUCAAGCUUGCAGUACUAAAAUUCUACAAGGUGGAUGAGAAUGGAAAAAUUCACCGAUUAAGGAGAGAAUGUCCCAUGGAACAAUGCGGUGCAGGAGUGUUCAUGGCAGCAAUGGAAGAUCGUCAUUACUGUGGAAAAUGUGGUUACACUCUCGUUUUCAAUAAGCCAGAAGAUAAAUGAUGAAAUAGCGUUUUAUGAGUCUCAUGAAUGUGAUGAGAGUGAUGACAUAAAGACUGUAUUCUUCCUGAACAUAGUAAUCCUUGUUUAUGAAGGCACAUCAUCUUCUCUGCCAUUAAAUUCACAAGACGGUAGAAAGUUUAAUGAUUUAUAAUCUAAUUUUAUUCUAGUAGUUUGGUUUCGUUGAGAUUGUGAUUAUUAUUAUUAUUAUUUCCAUUAAUUUGUUUAUCGGGUAGAAGCUUCAAGGACGCAAAAUGCCUUGUAAUAGAUCACAUGUUGAUUUGUAUGUGAUGAAUAUUAUGUAUAAUUUACAACAUCUGUAUAAUCGCAUACAGAAACCUACACUGUCUGAUUAAGUUAUCAAAGUGAAUGCAAUUGUAACUGUAAUUAUGCUCAAUAAAAGUUGAACAAUAACUCUAGCCAA